AUGGAGACCAGGGAGGACAAAUCCCUACGGCAAAACCUCAUGGCAGAGGCCGUUUUGAGCAGCUCCAUGGCACAGGAAUCCAAUGGGGAGGAAAAGCCCUGGAGAUCCCACAGGAGGAGGGGCUCCAAGCACAGCCCAGGGUGCUCUGAGGAGAAAAGACCGACCCUGUGCCAGGAAGGUGGACAGAGCUCCAGGCAGAGCUCAGAGCUGGUGGUCCAUGAGCAGGUUCACCAUGGGGAGAAGCCCUACAAGUGCUUGGAGUGUGGGAAGAGCUUCAAGAAGAGCAACAAUCUGAAACAACACCAGAUGAUCCACACUGGGGAAUGGCCCUUCAGGUGUGGGGAGUGUGGGAAGGGCUUCAGCUGCAGCUCUGCCGUUGUCAUCCACCAACGCAUCCACACUGGGGAGAGGCCCUACGAGUGUGGGGAAUGUGGGAAGAGCUUCAGCCGAAGGUCCCACUUGAUCCGCCACCAGAUCAUCCACACUGGGGAAAGGCCAUACAAAUGUGGGGAAUGUGGGAAGGGCUUCGGCCAGAGGUCCCACCUGAUCAUCCACCAAAGGAUCCACACUGGGGAGAGGCCCUAUGAGUGUCCUGAGUGUCAGAAGAGCUUUCAGACCAGCUCCAUUCUUCUCAAGCACCAGAGGAUUCACACCGGGGAGAGGCCCUUCCUCUGCCCCAACUGCAGGAAGAGCUUCAAGCAAAAAUCCCACCUCAUCAGGCACCAGCACAUCCACACCAGGGAGAGGCCCUACGACUGUCCCCGGUUUGGGAAGAGCUUCUCCAGGAGCUCUCACUUGACCCGACAUGAACAGAGGCACAAGUAAUGGAAGCCCUGCAAGUGCCCCAGCUGCAGGAGGAGCUUCAUGAACUGUUCCAGCUCCAUCCCCCAUGGGAGAGCCCAUGUUGGGAAGAGCUCUGGUGAUCCAUGUUCCUUGUGAUCCAUGCUGGGAAGAGAUCAUUCCCUUUUCCUACCCCUGCCAAUGAAAUGGUUUGGGAUUGAAGAACAUGAGGGUCUGGCCAUGGCCCUAUCAUUACAUUCACUCCCACCUCAGGUCAUUGCCAGGGGCAGGAAAGGGACUCUCUCUCUCUCUCUCUCUCUCCCUGAGGAGAAGGGUGUCUGUUCCAGGCAGGAGGAAAUGCGUGGCUGGGAAGAGCCAGUCAGUGGUGAUGUAGUUUUCCCUGUAAAUAGUUUUUCUUAUCCCUUCUGUUAUCAAUAUUGUUUCUGUACCUGUUUGUUCCUUGUCUCGUUG